AUGUCAUACCUACCCACCAGCUCCGAGGCCGACAAGGACCUCGAUGAGAUGACCUUCUCCGAGAAGAUGGUGUUCCACUGUAAGCGUGAGCCGCUCGUUCCCGCAGGCGUCCUUAUGACCACAGGUGCCAUCCUGCUUGCAAUCAAGAACGUACGCUCCGGGAACCGCCGCAACGCCCAGAAGUGGUUUCGCUGGCGUGUCGGCCUGCAGACGGGCACCCUUGUCGCCCUGAUUGCAGGCUCCUUUUUCUACGGCUCCGCGAAGCACGAGCAGCUCUCCAAAGAAGAGCAAUUGCGCCAGAAGGCCAAAAUGCGUGAGCAGCUCUGGAUCCAGGAACUGGAGCGCCGGGAUCUUGAGGUGCGUCGCAGAAAGCAGCGUGCGGAGGAGGCCCGCAAAAAGGCUGCCGAGAUGCAGUCGGAACUUUCCGGCCUAGAGCAGGAACUGCGCGAACUGGAAGAGUCUCGCCGCAAGUGA